CCUUGGCAGUGCGUUUGGGCCUUCACUCCAGAGAAUCUAAACAAUGGUCGCCCCAAACCGCGGCUUGUGGAAACGCACAAACUACACUACCCAGGCUUCUGUGCGACUAACAGCAACGGCUUGAGCCAAUGGAAAACCAAAAAAGGCAUUAAGCGCAUGCGCAUGCUGCUUGGGCGGGACUUCCGGCGUCAUAGUGAUCAUUUUCGCUGCUCUUGAGUGCCGGGCGGGUAUGGUGGUGAAGCAACCGAGAAGCGGCGAGAGCGCUCGUGGUCUCGACCACACAGAGGAGGGUCUGAGGCUGGGCGGUGACGGUAUCCCAUCUACAGAGGCGCGGCCAUUCUCCGCCUUCAGGCCCCCGCGCUGAGGGACCUGGCUCAGGUGAGUUAGCGUCCCCCAGGCCCUCCCCGUCCUGAACAUCUCCCAAUCCCCGAGCCCGAAUGAGGCCUCUGCUCAGAUACCGGCAGCCCAGGCCCUGGUCCUGCACAAGAGGGCGCUUGUAGUGGGGACUCGGUUUCCUGGGGACUGGGUUUUCUGAGAACUCGUGAGAUGAGGGGUGAAGGAGACCCUCCGACAAAAGAUAAAGACUGGAGGUGCAGCUGAGCCGGAGCAACGGGGAAACCUGGGAUACGUCGUGUGUCAGCAGGGAUCAGAGAGUGUUAGGAAUCGCGCCUGAAUGGUAGGCUGGGGGAGUUGUGCUUUCAUUCUCAGGACGCUGAGAGCCAUGGAGGGUUGUGAACAACAGGGAGAUGGUCUGAGUUAAGCUUUUAAAUGUGUUCCAAAAGGUGCUAAGAGGAAGAGUAGAAGGGGGAUGAUGACAGUGAGGCCCAUGGAGGCUGAGUCCUUCUCCAAGGUAAAAACAGCACUGAGAUAUGAGGACCUGCGAUAAACGCAACGAUUUUCUGGGUCACCUGACUCCUGGGCAUAGGAAGUAUAGGGAGGGGUAGAGGGAGGCUCAGCCCCUGGAGUCCAGCCAUGGUCACCUGUUCUCACGUCUCCCUUUUCCGACAGUUUCCCAUGGCUGAAGAAGUGCUUAUGGACCCUACACCGGGCUGUGUGACCUUUGAGGAUGUGGCCAUUGUCUUCUCCCAGGAGGAAUGGGGGCUCCUUGAUGAGGCUCAGAGGGUGCUCUACUGUGAUGUUAUGCUGGAGAACUUUGCAAUCAUAACAUCAUUGGGUUUUUGGCAUGGAACGGAGGAGAAGGAGACAUCUUCUGAGCACAGUGUUUCUUUAGAACGAGUGUCACAGGUCAGGACUCCACAGGCAGAUUCAUCCACCCAGAAGACUCAGCCCUGGGCGAUACGUGUCCCUGCCUUGAAAGACGUUGUGGCUGAGCACAAAGCAACAAACCCUGGGCAGAACCUGUACUUGGGUGGGGCAUAUGUGAGAGCCUCUUGGCUCAGUACAAAACUUCCCCAGCACCAAAAGCAUCACAGUGGAGAGAAACCCUUCAGGAGGGAUGUGGACGGGGCCUUGUUUGUAAAGAGCUGCAGUUGCCAAGAGUCAUGGCAGCACUUCAUCCGUGGGGAAGUUGGGAAGGACUCUACUGUCCCCUUAGGUCUUUUCCAGCACCAGGUCAUUCCCAAUGGUGAGAAGCCACUAAGUGGCCUUGUGUGUGGGGAGGCCUUUCACUGUGGAAAGGGUCAUUACAAGUGGGAAGAAUGCGGGAAAGGUUUUAGACACAAACACACACUUAAUCACCACCAGAGCGUCUGUCCUGGAGAGGGGCUUUGUGAGGGUAGCAGAUAUGAAAAAGCAAUCAGCUGCAAGCACAGACUUGUUCAGCAGCAGGGAAUUCACACUGGAGAAAGGCCAUAUGAGUGUGGUGAAUGUGGGAAAUUUUUUAGCCUAAUGUCCAGUCUUAUUCGACAUCAGAGAAUUCACACUGGUGUAAGGCCUUAUGGAUGCAGCGAAUGUGGAAAAUUCUUUGCUCACAACUCAGUUCUCAUAAAACACCAGAGAAUUCACACUGGAGAAAGGCCUUAUGAAUGUAGUGAAUGUGGGAAAUCGUUUAUUCGCAGUUCCGGCCUCAUUCAGCAUCAGAGAGGUCACACAGGAGCAAGGCCUUAUGAGUGUAUUCAGUGUGGGCAAUGCUUUAGCCAAAGCUCCACCCUUAUCCAACACCAGAGAGUUCACACUGGAGAAAGGCCUUAUGAGUGCGACGAAUGUGGCAAAUCCUUUAGCCGUAGCUCCACCCUCAUUCAACACAGGAGAUCUCACACGGGAGAAAGGCCUUAUAAGUGCAGUGAAUGUGAGAAAUCCUUUCGCCAAAGAUCUGGGCUCGUUCAGCACCAGAGGGGUCAUGUAGGAGCAAAACCUUACGAGUGUAAAGAAUGUGGGAAAUUCUUUAGUCAAAGCUCUGGCCUCAUUCAACACCGCAGAGUCCAUACUGGAGAAAGACCUUACGAAUGCAGCGAAUGUGGAAAGUUCCUUAGCAGUCGCUCUCACCUUAAUGUACACAAGAGAAUUCACACCGGAGAAAGGCCUUAUGAGUGCAGUGUAUGUGGGAAAUCCUUUAGCCAAAGUUCCACACUUACUCAACAUCAGAGAGUUCACAGGAACAAGGCCUUAUGAGUGUCACGAAUGUGCGAAAUCCUUUAGCCAAAGCUCCAGCUUCAUUCAAUACUGAAAUCUUCGUAGCAGAGAAAAGCCUCAGGAGAGUGGCAGAUGUGAAAGCCCUCAUUCCAAGGGCUAAUGCUCACAAAAGAAAGUUCGCAAACCAGAAAGACUUUGCACCUGCAGAGAGUGUCCUCCCUCUCUGUUCAAUAUAUUGGCCCUAGAGAGGCUUUGUCAGGGAUCCAUCUGCCGGAAGUUGAACCUCUGGCUUCUGAAUGUCCAGAGUGGUGAGAAUCCUGAAAUUCCAGGCCUGUGCGAAGCUUUCAUGACUGCAUUGCACACUGUACACUUCCAGGACCUGCCUCAGAGUUGUAUUACUGUCAGUUUGUAUGGCAGAAACCAUGUCACCUCUACCAUCUUGCAGGUUCUCAGUCAUCCUUAGUCACCCCAGUUUGCUCAGGCAAGGCACACAGCUGUGUUAUCGCCCUUCCCUGGAGGAAAUCAUGAGUAGUCUGAGCCUUUAAGGGAACUUAAUCCCCUUCUACAGAAACAAGCAAACAAAAGCAACCAGACCUGUUGCCAUUAUGUGUUUUCUGAUUCAUGACUACCCCUUCUGUUACACAGUAGAACUGCUCCAUAGGCUUUUUUGGCUGCAAUCUUUAUGACAGCAGAUUGCCAGUCCUUUUUUCCAUGGUGCUGCUUAGUAAUCAAGCACAGUUUGCCCCACCCAGGAACCUUGAAAGCCAAUAAGCCAAAAAACCAGGCCCUUUGCCAUCGAGUCGAUUCCGACUCACAGCAACCCUAUAAGACAGAAUAGAAUUGCCACAUAGGGUUUCCAAGAAGCAGCUGGUGGAUUCUAACUGCUGACCUUUUGGUUAGCAGCUGAGCUCUUAACCACUGUCCCACCAGGGCUCCUGAAAGCCAAUAGAAUUUAUUUUAUUACGAAAUAUGAGCCUUUAAACCUUAAUUCCCAAAUUGUCACAUUUAUUUACCCCCUCCUUUUUUUUUUGUAAAAAUGUACAUAUUAUGUAAAUAUCUUGUGUAUUUUUUUUUUAUACCCUUGUGAGGAAACCUUACACAUCAUGUUAUCUUAAUCUUCACUAGAUUUAAAAUCAAUAUAGGGUUGAGUACCCAUACAUAGCACAUUUUCAAAAUGUAAACAAAGAUCUACAUUAAAAAUUAAUCUGAUGUGAAUUUGACACUUAUUUUAGGCUGACCCUUCUGAAAGUUCUUAGAACUUGUUGAAGCCUGUGUUGAUAUUCCAAAAGAAUCUACCUCACGUGGUCAACUGUUCUGCAGCAAAAAUCUCUAACAUCUUAUAUUAGGGAUAUCAUUUCUACUGAAUAUGUUCAGUGUUUCCUCAAUAAUGCCAUAACACCCGCAUUACUGUAUCCUCCUUUGCACUCACUUAUGUAGUCACCAGAAAGGUUUCAUACUACCCUUAAAUUAUGUGUUAUUAAAAGUUCUGGCUCCUUCAAUACUUUAAAUAGACCCCAUCAUUUCUGUUCAUUUGGUCUUUGUCAUCCCUGUAAUUUAUUGGCAUUAACUGUUGUCAAAAGGAAAAAAAAUUUUGUUAGCCAGUAAGAGUUAACAGGGUUUAUUGAGCAAUAAGCUGUUCAAGAACAAGAAGCACCAAACAGAAAACCCACAAGGCGUUCCUUUAAGCAGCACAGGUUCAGGCUUUUUAAUAGCAGGGGAUUUCUAGUAGAGAAGGUAUAAUUAUUGAAUCUUGGGUAUGUCUUUAAUGAAAGGAGGGUCUUACGAACCAGGGGUCUUUCUGUCAUUGUUUUAAUUGUGAAAAUAUACAUAACAGCUGUCUUAGGCUGGGUUCUGUACAGGAGCAAAACCAGUAAAGCAUAUAUAUAGAGAGAGAGAGAGAUUUACAUCAAGGAAAUGGCUCACACGGUUUUUAGAAGUUAUAACGUCCCAAGUCCAUAGAGCAGGAAAGAUGCUUCUCCUGAUUCAUGUAGCCGCAGGGGCUGGUGAACUCAAGAUCAGCAGGCUGGAAAGCAAGACUGUUGUUUACAGGCUGUAAAGACUGACGAAUCUCAAGAUGAGCAGGCAAGACCGCAGGUAAUCUGCUAGCUCAGGUCCCAAGAACUAAAGGUCAGAUGAACAGGAGCCAGCUGCAGGGUCCAGAACAAACAAAAUCCUCAGCAAGAAUAACAGUAAGGACUAGGUGGGGGAGAGUGGAGAGAUGAAGAUUGAGGGGGCGGUGAGCCGCCACAGGUCCUGUCCUCACCGGUACCACUCACAGCAGAUCCCAUCAUGGGGGUGACUGUGUAUCAAAUCUCAACAGGGAAGGGAUCACAUUACACAAUUGCCGAAACACAGAAUCAUGGCCUAGCCAAGUGCACACACAAUCUCAACCUAUCACAAAAACAGAGAAUUUCAACGAUUGCUACACAUACAAUUCAGUAACAUUGAUUACAUUCACACUAUCCUUUUCCAAAUCAUUCCCCUACCAUGAACAGCCUCAGUGGCCCGUAAGCAAAGACUUUCCCCAUCCCUUGGAAAUCAUUUAAUGAUUGGUUUUUAUGUAUUUGCUUAUUUCACAUAGGUGAGACAGUCCAGUAUUUGUCCUUUGUAACUGACUUAUUUCUCUCAGGAUGAUGUUUUGAAAGUCCAUGUCGUGGCAUGUAUUGGGACUUCAUUUCUCUUGAUGGUUGAGUAUUAUUGCAUUGUGUGGCUAUACUACCUUUUGUUUAUCUAUUCAUCUGUUGAUGGACAUUUUGGUUAUUUCCACCUUUUGGCUAUUGUGAAAAGCGUGGCAACGAAGAUUGUUGUACAGGUUUCUGUUUGCAUUCCUGCCUUCACUUCUUAGUAUAUACCAAGGAUUGGGAUUGCAGGGUCAUAUGGUUCUACGUUCAUGUUCUAUGUUCAACUUUUGAGGAACCACCAAACUUUUUUCAAAGUGGCUAGCAAAUUCACAUUUCUGUUAGCAGUGGAUGAGGGUUCCAGUUUCUAGACAACCUUGUCAGCACUUGGUAUUCUGCUUUUUGAUCAUUGCCAUUCCAGUAGUUGUGAGAUGUUAUCUCAUUGUGGUUUUGAUUUGCAGCUCAGUUAGAAUUGACUCAAUGGCAACCGGUUUGUUUGUUUUUGGUAAUAGCUAAUGACAUUGGGCAUCUUUUUUCUUAAUUUUUUAUUUAAUCUUUAACACUAGUCUGAGCAUAAAAAUGUCACUCCAGUGCCUGAAAUUAUACAGGAAAAAGAUCUCUGUGUUUUGGUGCACAUGGCCCCAUCGUGAAUUCCUAUGUUGUCUUUGUUGCCAGACCCACUGCUGUGGUUCAGUUCCAGGGAUUCCUUCCUCCAUAGUGCAGUAGGGUGAUGCCCCUGAGACAUCCCACUCUAUGCCUGUCUUAGGCUGGGUUCUCUAGAGAAGAAAAACCAAUGAAACAUAUAGAGAGAUUUAUAUCAAGGAAAUGGCUCACAUGGUUGUAGAGGCUGGCAAGCUCCCAAGUCCAUGAGUCAGGUGUUAGACUGGAGGCUUUUCCUGACUAACAUAGCAGCAGGGGUUAAAGAACCUAAGAGUGACAGGACUGACAAGAAGCUGCUGGCUCACAGGCUAUGAAGGCUGACAAAUCCAAGAUCAGCAGGAAAGAAGACAGGCUGCUGGCUCAAGCCCCAAGAACUGGAGGCCAGAUGUUGAGCCAAAUGCAGGAUCCAGAGCAGAGCAAAGACCAGUCAACUUUGCCAUAAAGUCCACAUAUAUUGAAUAUAGAUCACACUUCCAAGGAAACUCCCUUUCAGCUAAUUGGCUGCUCAUAGAAGAUAUCAUCAUGGAGGUGAUUACAUCAUUACAGAACUGCCAAAAUAUGUUACAACCCAAACCACUAAGAAUCAUGGCCCAGCCAAGUUGACCCAUAAUCUUAACCUUCGCAGUCCAUCCCUUAUCCAUGUGGCACCUGCGCACAUCUCUUUAAAGCAUACAUAAUCUCUGAAUAAACUCCAUUAUAAAAUCAUAUUUGUGUCUAACAUAGCACUAACAUGCAUACAACUGAAAAUGCACUAGCCCUGUUUACGUCUUAUUUUAUAAUUAAAGACAAAAAUAUUUGGUGCACACAUACAAGGAAGAAAUAUAAUAAUUACAGUGCCUAUUUCUGCAACCGGUCAUGUGGUCAUAACUGGUAUUUAUAGCUACCUACUUUGAAAACUCAUACUGUAGUCCCUUUACCCUCAGCAAGUACCUCAGCUGGUCAUGGUUCUUUGCCUGGUUCAGUGACCCAAACCUUCAUUUCUGAAGGAUCUGGGCCAUUAGUAGUCAUGUCAGAAUUAGUUUGCUGUAGUUUUCCAUUGACUUUAAUCAUAGGCAUGGUAGUACUAAGAGACAUCCUAAGGGAUCUCCUCUAUUCCCCACAUACUCUUCUUUACCUCCAUUAUGUAAUAUCAAUGCUAUUUCCUCUUGGUAAUCAGGAUCAAUCAUAUAAGCCAAUAUGGUAACUCCCUUCUUUCCUGUUGAUCCAAAGGCAUAAGGAGCAUAACGUGGCAGGGUUGCAUUCUUAACUUAAUGAUGAAUAGAAUCAAUGAUUUUUUCCAGGUUGGAGCAUCCCUUCCUUUGGAACUAAAACCUCUACUUGCACAGCAUAGGGUCACAGGGUCAGGAAACAUUAGUUUUGUGAGUGGGUCACUAGGGGUAAUAGUGAGUGGUGCCGCUCCAAUUUCCGCCCCUUGAUUCCUGGACCCAUGGAUCCUGGCUAUGGAGAAAGAGCACCAUAUACUGAACACUGGUUUAGAGCAUAUACAGCCUCCUGGAGGACAUUGCCCCAAACCGACAAGGCAUUGCCACCUAGCUGGCACCAUAAUUGUGUCGUUAGAAGGCCAUUCCAUUGUUCUGUGAAACCAGCUGCAUCAAGAUAAUGGGAAACAUGGUACGUGAAUUCCAUGAGCAUGGGCCCAUUGCCACACUUCAUUUGCUGUGAAAUGAGCCCCUUGAUCAAGACAAUGCUGUGUGAGAUCCCAUGAUGGUGGGUAAGGCAUUCCGUAAGUUCAUGGAUGGUAGUUUUGGCAGAAACAUUGCAUUCAGGGAAGGCAAAUCUGUAUCCAGAAUAAGUAUCUAUUCCACUCAGAACAAAACACUACCCUUUCCAUGAUGGAAGUAGUCCAAUGUAAUCAACCUGCCACCAGGUUGCUGGCUGAUCACCUCAAGGAAUGGUGCCAUAUUGGGGACUCAGUGUGGUCUGUACUGCUGGCAGACUGGCCACUCAGCAGUGGUUGUAGCUAAGUUGGCCAUGGUGAGUGGAAGUCCAUGUUGCUGAGCCUUUGCAUAACCUCCAUCCCUGCCACCAAGACCACAUUGUUCAUGAGCACAUUGGGCAACGGCAGGAGUGGCUGUGGGAAGAGGAUGACUGGUUUCCACAGAACGCGUCAUCCUAUCCACUUGAUUGUUAAAAUCCUCCUCUGCCAAGGUGGUGAACAUUCAAAUGAGACACAAAUAUCUUCACUCCUUUGGCCAGCUCUGAGAGGUCUAUUCACAUACCUCUUCCCCAUACCUCCUUGUCUCCAAUUUUCCAAUCAUGUUCCUUCCAAGUUCCUGACAAUCCAGUCAAACCACUGGCCACGGCUGAUGAAUCGGUAUACAAUUUGCACAUCUAGCCAUUUCUUCCAAGUAAAGUGGACAACAAGGUGCACUACUAGAAGUUCUGCCCAUUGGGAGGAUUUUCUUUACUACUGUACUUCAGGGAGGUCCCAGA